AUGCCACCUAAAAAAGCUACAUCCGGCGGCUCCAAGCCGGUAAAAAAGCAAAAACUCAACGACAGCUCAUCCCUCGACACCACCGAUAGAAUUCUGAGCAAGGAGGAAGAAGAAGAGAUGAGCUCGGCACUGAUUGCUCAACUUUUGGCUCAAGAAGGUGGAGGUGAUGGAAACGGAUACUACGCAGAGUACAACAACGAUGUUCACUAUGGAGGAUUCGGCGGUGGAGGUGGAGGACGUGGAGGUGAUAGCGACUAUUCAGACGAGGAUGAGGACUAUCGACAUGAUUAUAACUAUAAGCCAAAGUCAAAGUCCAAGCGCGCUGCCGGUAGGAAAAAGGCGAAGCCCGCGCCCGCGCCUGUUGCCAAGCCAACCCCUAAACCUACUGCGAAGUCGACACCAAAGUCCGUCUCAUCCUCGGCAGCAGCAACAGCCGCCACAACAGCCGCCACAACAGCCGCCACAACAGCCGCCACAACUACCGCCACAACUACCGCCACAACACUUGCUACUACAACUUCAGAAACUACCACCAUCAGCACAGCGUCCAAUGCAACAGAGACUGUGACCGUUGUUACAUCAGGCGAGGCAGCGGUAGCUGCAUCAUCCACCGAUGCAGGAGAAGGAACUGCAACUGAGGCCAAGGUGGAACCUACGGCAGCACCGGUCGUAGUUAAAGUUAAGCCUGUCAAGGAGGCGCCUGUGGGAUACAACACUGGAGUGUAUAGCGAAACAGAGGAGAGGGCUUUUGUUGAAGCGCUCGAUAUCUUUGGCCGGAACUGGCGCAGUGUUGAACAACAUGUUGCGACACGCGAUCCCAAUUCGAUCAGGAGUCACGCCCAAAAGCACUUUAUCAAGUUAUUCAGGGACAACAUACCCUUGCCAGCCAAAGUGCUGGAAUCAGGACCUGGAUACACCCUCUCUGGUAACGACCUCAACCCUUACUCUUCGGCUGCACGGCCGUAUCUUUCACAGAGAGUGUUGGACGAUCCUUCGUUGCUCCCUAUCCAAGGCGGCACCAUUUUCACGCCGGAUUCGACGGCGGCUAUCAAGGCUGAGAAGGCGCAGGCUAAGGAGAAGAAAGUCGCCGAGACUUCGGAGACAAAGGACGCGAAGGACGCUGUGAAGGAGGCUGUUAAAGAGUUGAAGGAGCUUAAAAUUCGUAAGGCUCCUAAGGUCCACAAGGAGUCCUCUCGCGCCAGAGUUGACACCUCUUCUGAUGAACCAGUCUACACCGGAAGAACAGACUACUCCAAGGCUCGUCUUCGCAGUACCCGAGACCGCUCCUCGAUCCACUACCGCCAGAUGGCCAGCGACCUGGACCCCCUGACGAUGGUCAAGUGUGAGCCCUUUUGUGGACAACCCAACUCGGGCGUGGUCGGCUGUCAACCAUUUGGAAUCACGGUCCAGUCAAACGUUCUUUUGGGGAUGGACUUCCAUGCUCAUUUGAUGACCUCUGAAAUUAUCGGAUUCCUUGCUGGCGAAUGGACCCCCGCGACGAGAACGAUUCAUGUCAAGGCGAUUUUCCCCUGCCGAUCGUUGCCGACGGAGCAUAACCAUGUCAAUGUGGAGAUGGACCCGACGUCAGAGUUUGAGGUCCGGCAGGAGAUUGAGAAGCGGAAUAUGCGGAUUGUGGGGUGGUAUCAUUCUCAUCCGACUUUUACGCCUGAUCCUUCGUUGGUCGAUAUUGAGAACCAGACCAGUUAUCAGAGCCUCUUCAAGGAUGAGGCCAUGAACGAGGAGCCCUUUGUCGGUGCUAUCGUCGGUCCUUAUGACGAGAGGUUGCCUGGGCUGUCGUCAGUGAUUAACUGGUUCUAUAUCAGCCAGUCGCCUCAGGAGCGUGGACACCCUAAACGACUCGUCUACGACUUGAUCGAAGACCAAAGUCUCCCUGAGGAGGAGUCCUCCCUCUGGGUGAAGUUGUUUGACGAGUAUAGAGAUUCACCAGAACGGACAAACUUCAAGGAGCAAUGGCGUCAAGAAGAGAAUGAGACUAAACUUCAGAAGAUGUUGGUGUCGUUGGGUCGUCGUAUGCCGUGGCUCAGGAACAGUCUCUUGAAGAGUCAGGAGCAAGAGCAAGAGCAAGAGCAGGAGAAGGAGCAGGAUGGUGUGGUUAUUGCUUCUAUCGAGGAGGGGGAGAACGCGACUGAGCCUGUUGAGCCUGUUACUGAAACUCCUGCAGUUGCUGUUGUUGCUGUUGGAGGCGAGGCCGCGAUUACGGAUCCUGAAAUCUUGCCCACUGCAGUAACCGUUGAGGAUGAGAAGACAGUAGUGGAGGAAGAGGAUGCGACUGUGUUGGCAGCGAUUGUUGCAGAGGUUUUGGCGACACCAAGUUCGACUGAUAGCAGCAGCGAGCCUAUGGAAGGUGUCGAGUCCACUGUUGUUCCUCAGGUGGAGAGCGAGGAGGUUGGAGAGAAGGUUGAGAGUGAGGAUGUUGAAGUCGAAUCUAAACGUGAGGCUAAGGCCGAUGAAGCCAAGGUUGAGUCCGUGUCUAAGUCUGGUGACGACGAGAAGGAGGAGGAUGAGGAUGUGUCAUUGGAUGUGGGAGAGAUGGAUAGUCUCGAGGCCCAAAGCAAGGGCCAGGGCCAAGGCAUGGAGCGCAGUCUCAGCAACGCGUCCUCUGCCUCUGCAGUAUCCGCAUCCUCCGUGUCAUCGGCAUCAUCCUCGUUGUCGUCUUCUUCGGCGACAUCGUCGUCUCAUCAGAGUCAGGGCAGUAGCAAGGCCUGGGCGGCGGCGACAUUCGGCGGUCUGAUCAAGGAUCCGUUCCUGGCGCUUGUUGAGCAGGAAUUGUCGGAGUGGGAGUCUGUUGUCGGGUAA